AUGGCAUUUCACGUGUCAUUCACAUCUCUUUCUUUCUCUCUGUCUAUCUAUCUCAAUUCAUUCGCAUCUCUCUCCUUAUUCCAUUCCGAUCUAUCUAUCAUUUCAUUCAAAAAUCUAUCGAUAUCAAUUCAUAUCUUUUCCUAUUUAUCUAUCUACGAUCUAUUCCGAUCGCUCUCAUUUCAUAGAGAUCUAUCUAUCUCAUUUUAUUCAGAUAUAUCUAUCUAUCUAUCUUAUUAUUUAGAGCUAUCACAUUUCAUAGAUAUCUAUCUAUCUAUCUAUCUAUCUUAUAAUUUAGAGCUAUCAUAUUUCAUAGAUAUCUAUCUAUCUAUCUAUCUAUCUUAUUAUUUAGAGCUAUCACAUUUCAUAGAUAUCUAUCUAUCUAUCUAUCUAUCUAUCUAUAUCUAUAUCGUUUCAUAUAGAUCUAUCAUUUUAUUCAGAUAUUUCUCUCUCUCUCUCUCUCUCUCUCUCUAUCUAUUUCAUUUCAUUCAGCUACCUAUCUCUCAUUUCGCAUUCAGAUUUCUCUCUCUCUCUCUCUCUAUCUAUCUAUCUAUCUAUCUAUCUAUCUAUCUAUCUAUCAACAAUCUUUCUUACUAUUUAGAGCUAUCACAUUUCAUAGAGAUCUAUCUAUCGAUCUAUCUAUCUAUAUCGCUUCAUAUAGAUCUAUCAUUUUAUUCAGAUCUCUAUCUAUCUAUCUAUCUAUCUAUCUAUCUAUCUAUCUAUCUAUCUAUCUAUCUCAUUUCCUACAGAUCUAUCUCUCCUUUCAAUCCGAUAUCUAUCUAUCUAUCUAUCUAUCUAUCUAUCUAUCUAUCUAUCUAUCUAUCCUUCUACAAUCUUUUCUUACUAUUUAGAGCUAUCACAAUUCACAGCGAUCUAUCUAUCGAUCUAUCUAUCUAUAUCGCUUCAUAUAGAUCUAUCAUUUUUUCAUUCAUCUAUAUCUAUCUAUCUAUCUAUCUAUCUAUCUAUCUAUCUAUCUAUCUAUCUCAUUUCCUACAGAUCUAUCUCUCCUUUCACUCCGAUAUCUAUCUAUCUAUCUAUCUAUCUAUCUACAAUCUUUCUUACUAUUUAGAGCUAUCACAUUUCAUAGAGAUCUAUCUAUCGAUCUAUCUAUCUAUAUCGCUUCAUAUAGAUCUAUCAUUUUAUUCAGAUAUCUAUCUAUCUAUCUUAUUAUUUAGAGCUAUCACAUUUCAUAGAUAUCUAUCUAUCUAUCUAUCUAUCUAUCUAUCUAUCUAUCUAUCUAUCUAUCUAUAUCGUCUAUUUAUCUAUAUUAGUCUGUUCAUAUCUAUCUAUCUAUCUAUCUAUCUAUCUAUCUAUCUAUCUUCCUAUCUAUCUAUCUCCUUUCCUACAGAUCUAUCUCUCCUUUCACUCCGAUCUAUCUAUCUAUCUAUCUAUCUAUCUAUCUAUCUAUCUAUCUACAAUCUUUCUUACUAUUUAGAGCUAUCACAAUUCACAGCGAUCUAUCUAUCGAUCUAUCUAUCUAUAUCGCUUCAUAUAGAUCUAUCAUUUUAUUCAGAUAUCUAUCUAUCUAUCUAUCUAUCUAUCUAUCUAUCUAUCUAUCUAUCUAUCUAUCUAUCUCAUUUCCUACAGAUCUAUCUCUCCUUUCAAUUCGAUAUCUAUCUAUCUAUCUAUCUAUCUAUCUAUCUAUCUAUCUAUCUAUCUAUCUAUCUACAAUCUUUCUUACUAUUUAGAGCUAUCACAAUUCACAGCGAUCUAUCUAUCGAUCUAUCUAUCUAUAUCGCUUCAUAUAGAUCUAUCAUUUUAUUCAGAUAUCUAUCUAUCUAUCUAUCUAUCUAUCUAUCUAUCUAUCUAUCUAUCUAUCUAUCUAUCUAUCUCAUUUCCUACAGAUCUAUCUCUCCUUUCACUCCGAUAUCUAUCUAUCUAUCUAUCUAUCUAUCUAUCUAUCUAUCUAUCUAUCUAUCUAUCUACAAUCUUUCUUACUAUUUAGAGCUAUCACAAUUCACAGCGAUCUAUCUAUCGAUCUAUCUAUCUAUAUCGCUUCAUAUAGAUCUAUCAUUUUAUUCAGAUAUCUAUCUAUCUAUCUAUCUAUCUAUCUAUCUAUCUCAUUUCCUACAGAUCUAUCUCUCCUUUCACUCCGAUAUCUAUCUAUCUAUCUAUCUAUCUAUCUAUCUAUCUAUCUAUCUAUCUAUCUAUCUAUUCAUCUAUCUUUCUUACUAUUUAGAGCUAUCACAAUUCACAGCGAUCUAUCUAUCGAUCUAUCUAUCUAUAUCGCUUCAUAUAGAUCUAUCAUUUUAUUCAGAUAUCUAUCUAUCUAUCUAUCUAUCUAUCUAUCUAUCUAUCUAUCUAUCUAUCUAUAUCUAUCUCAUUUCCUACAGAUCUAUCUCUCCUUUCACUCCGAUAUCUAUCUAUCUAUCUAUCUAUCUAUCUAUCUAUCUAUCUAUCUAUCUAUCUAUCCAUCUAUCCAUCCAUCUUUCUUACUACUAUUUAGAGCUAUCACAUUUCAUAAUAUCUAUCUAUCUAUCUAUCUAUCUAUCUAUCUAUCUAU